AUGUCGUCUUCAGGACCAAAAGGAAAGGCGGCGAAGACUAAAGUGAAGAACAAAACUCCGGCCGAAAUCCAGAUAACAGCGGAACAGCUGUUACGGGAGGCGAAGGAGAGGGACCUGGAGAUCGUGGCCCCACCGCCCAAACAGAAGAUCUCAGACCCCGAAGAGUUAGCCGACUAUCAGCUGAGGAAACGGAAGGCGUUUGAGGACAACAUCCGUAAGAACCGUCUGGUGAUCUCCAAUUGGAUCAAAUACGCCAAAUGGGAGGAAAGCCAACAACAGAUCCAAAGGGCGCGCUCUGUGCUCGAGAGGGCUCUGGAUGUGGACCACAGGAAUGUCACCAUUUGGCUCAAGUAUGCGGAGAUGGAGAUGAAGGCCCGACAAGUGAAUCACGCGAGGAAUGUGUUGGACAGAGCGGUGCUUCUGUUGCCGCGAGUCAACCAAUUGUGGUAUAAAUACGUGUAUAUGGAGGAGAUGUUGGCCAACGUGUCGGCCUGUCGUCAGGUGUUCGAGCGGUGGAUGCAAUGGGAGCCGGAGUCCCAGUGUUGGCUCACUUUCAUAAAGUUUGAGUUGCGGUACAAAGAGGUGGAUCGGGCGCGACAUAUAUACGCCCGGUUCGUGACAGUGCACCCGCAGGUGACCAAUUGGAUCAAAUACGCCAAAUUCGAGGAACAUCACGGAUUCAUUGCCCACUCCAGAGAGGUCUACGAGAAAGCCAUUGACUUCUUCGGCGACGAGUAUUCAGACGAAACACUUUUCAUGGCUUUCGCUAAGUUUGAAGAGAAUCACAGGGAAUACGAAAGGGUGAGAGUUAUCUACAAAUACGCUUUGGAACAGCUGUCCAGCGAACACACCAAACAACUCUUCCAACAGUACUCCCUCUUCGAGAAGAAGUUCGGAGACAGAGUUGGCAUCGAAGACAUUGUCAUCAGUAAACGGAAGUAUCAAUACGAGGAACAGCUUAAGACAAAUGCUCACAAUUACGACAUUUGGUUUGAUUACAUCCGACUCAUGGAAGGGGAACAGGACAUGGAGUCCACGCGUAAGAUCUACGAGCGCGCCAUCGCUAACAUUCCCCCGAAGAAAGAGAAACGCUUUUGGAGACGAUAUAUAUAUUUAUGGAUCAGUUAUGCAUUAUUUGAAGAACUCGACGCUAAAGACAUAGACAGAGCCCGAGAAGUCUAUCAGUUUUGUCUAAAACUAUUACCACAUAAGACAUUCACUUUUGCAAAAUUCUGGAUAUUGGCCGCAAAGUUCGAGAUCAGGCAAAAGAAUUUGAAUAGCGCUCGGAAACUGUUGGGAACCGCUAUUGGAUUGUGUCCUAAAGACAAACUCUUCCGCGAAUACAUUGAACUCGAGAUCCAGUUGCGAGAGUUCGACAGGUGUCGCCUACUUUACCAAAAGUUUCUCGAGUUUUCGCCGCAAAACUGCACCGUUUGGAUGAAGUUCGCAGAACUGGAGACUAUUCUGGGAGAAGUAGAUCGCGGACGAGCUAUAUAUGAGAUCGCCAUCGAUCAGUCCAGACUCGAUAUGCCGGAAGUCAUUUGGAAGUCUUAUAUCGACUUCGAGGUCGAGCAGCAGGAGUCCGAGAGGGCCCGUAUGCUCUACGAACGACUUCUUGAGCGCACACAACACGUCAAAGUGUGGAUCAGUUUCGCUCGAUUCGAGUUCCAGGGGUCGGACGGCAGCGAUAGUGGUAUCGCACAGACGAGGACCGUCUUCGAGAGGGCCAACAAAGCGCUCAAGAAUUGCGAGGAGAAGGAGUCGCGUCUGAUGUUACUGGAGGCCUGGCAUGAGUUCGAACACCAGUACGGAACCGACUCGACCCGCGACGCCGUCAACCGACAGAUGCCGAAGAAAGUGAAGAAGAGACGUAAGAUGCAGACCAAUGAUGGCUCAGACGCCGGUUGGGAGGAGUACUACGACUACAUCUUCCCGACCGAUGAGGAAGCCUUACCUCACCUCAGGUUCUUAGAGAUGGCUAAGAAGUGGAAACAAUCACAACAGGAAAGCGUCCAAUAA